AUGGCGUCCACCGGAGCCGUCCCCUGCUCCGUCCUCCCCCUGCUGCUCCUCUGCGCGUUCCCGCUGUGCCAGGGCCAGGCCGGACGGCACAACAUCACGGAGAUCCUCGCCGCCGCCAGCCCGGACUUCACCCAGUUCAGCGCCGCCCUGGCCGGCGCGAACCUCAGCGCCGAGAUCGACGCGCGCAGCCCCGUCACCGUCCUCGCCGUCGACAACGCCGCCGUGGCGCGGCUCGCGGAGCGGCGCCUCCAGCCGGACGCCCUCGCGCGCGUGCUCUCCCUGCACGUCCUCCUCGACUACCUCGGCGACGCCAGGCUCCGCACCCUCGACGGCGGGUUCAGGCAGGCCGCCAGCCUCUACCAGGCCCACGGCGCGCCGGGGGCCGCCGGCAUCGUGAACAUCACGCGGGGCGGCAAGGACGACCACGUCUCGUUCCGGCCAGCGGAGGGGGUGAACGGGACAGCCGCCGUGUUCUACGUGAAGUCGGUCAAGGAGGCGCCCUGGGACAUCGCCGUGCUGCAGGUGAGCGACGCCAUCUCGUCCUUCACCGCCGAGGCGAAGGUGCCCACGCCGCCGGCCCCGGCCCCGGCUCCUGCUCCCAAGGCGCCUGCGCCUGCGCCUGCUCCUCUGGCGUCGGUCGUGGCCCCUGCACCUGCUAAGGCCCCGGCGGCCCUGCGUCCGUCGCCAAAGAAUCACACCGCGCCACCGCCGAAGCCGGCCAAAGAGCCCGUGCCUUCCCCAACGCCCGUGGUGGAGACGCCGGCGGAAGAACCUGGGGCGGACGGAGACCAGCCGCCUGCCGACGAGCACAAGAGUGGCGCCAGCGACUCGGAGCCGUGGAGCCUCGGCGCGGUGGUGGCGGUGGCCGUGCCGGUCGUCGUGUUUCUGCUGUGGUGA